CUAGCAUUGACGGACUGCUCUGCGUCUAGCAAUAACGGCAAACACCCUGCUGGCCACGGCAUAUAGCGGGCGGAUCUGCUCAGCUGGCAAGCUUCAUCUUGCUGGCCACGUCUGUCUUUGGUUUCGAAUCAACUCCAAGUGCAGACGGUGUUUUCUCCGAAUAGAGAAAAUAUAAUUAUAUCUUUUCAAUAGAUAUACGCCACCAGAGCGCCAGCAUACAAGAAUUUGCCACCAAAUGUCUCUCCCGCGUGUUGGGUCUCUUGAGACCUUUCUCAGCGUCCCUACCGAGGGCGAGAGAUCCCGUAGGGGCUCUAUUGCGUCCACAGCUCCUUCGAUGAGACCACGCAGACUCAGUUUCAACCCGCUGCCGGAGUCAUGGGAUCCAGUCAUCGCUCGAGAAAUAGAUCGGCCUGCCCAGACUAUCGGAGCCUUCGAGGUGCCCCGGUGGAAGCGAAUCCUCCAAAUUGUAUGUGCAGUGAUAUAUUGCUUCUUCGCCGCUGGUGUCGUCUUUGGGUAUGCCGCUAUAAAGCCUGUGCUGAAGCAGACGGGGGCCUAUCAAGAUAUCUGCGAGGGCAAUGACAUGUGUGUGGAGAUUCGGCUGAAUUUUAUGUUCACUGUUGCCGCCGUGGCUACGAAUGUCGCGGCCCUUCCCGUCGGUGCUAUUCUCGACCACUACGGGCCCCGGGCGUGUGGCUUGAUUGGUGCUAUUUUCCUAGUAGUCGGCGCUGGUUUCAUGGCUUCCGCCGAGAAAGCGUCAUUUGACGCUCUUCUUCCAGGGUAUUUGUUCCUGGCCCUUGGUGGGCCAUUCACUUAUAUCUCGUCGUUCCAGCUCUCGAAUGCUUUCCCUCAAAACUCUGGCCUGAUAUUAGCGUUACUCACGGGAGCGUUUGACGCUUCUAGUGCGCUGUUUCUUCUUUAUCGUAUCAUAUUCGAGAAAACAAAUGGGGCUUUCGGCCUCUCGAAGUUCUUCAUCGCCUAUCUGGCUGUGCCCGUAGUUAUCAUUAUUAUGCAACUAACCAUCCUUCCACGACAGUCGUAUAAGACGGUGGGGGAGAUGAUUGUAGACUAUGAAACACCAGGUUUGAACGACCCUCUCAAUUCCAGCGCCAUCGAAAACGACGACCAAGUCGAUGAGGAAACGGCACUCCUACGUCAGGAGCAGCGAGAACACAACGAGAAUAUUGCCCACGAGAUCGAAGAAUUGCUUGGAACAGAGACAGCCGAUAAACAGGCCCAACGAGAAGAGGUGACAAACAAUCUGAGCGGAGUCUGGGGCGUGAUGCAUAACCAUACAGCGCUUGAGCAGAUCCGUUCACCCUGGUUUAUACUCAUCUGUCUCUUCACUGUCUUACAGAUGACGCGAAUCAACUACUUCGUGGCGACAAUCCGGGUACAAUACAGUGCUAUACUGGGAUCUACGGAGAAAGCCACUCAGAUUAACAACUUCUUUGACCUCGCUUUGCCGCUAGGCGGCAUCAUCUCGAUCCCAUUCAUCGGCGUCGUCCUCGACAACACUAGCACAGUGACCGUGUUAACAACCCUUGUCACGGUUGCCACGAGCAUCGGAAUCCUUGGUGUGCUGCCAUUCGAAUGGGCAGCCUACGCAAACAUCUGCCUCUUCGUCCUGUACCGUCCUUUCUACUAUACAGCGGUCAGCGAUUACAGCGCCAAGGUGUUUGGGUUCCAGACAUUUGGCACGGUGUACGGCACUAUCAUCUGCCUCGCGGGCCUUCUCAACUUCAGCCAGAGCGGGCUUGAUUACCUAUUCCAUGAGACAUUCAAUGGGAACCCCAUCCCCGUGAACCUGAUCCUGCUCUCACUUGGUUUGGCCGUUGGUAUCUGCUUGGUUGGGUAUGUUGGCUUGAAGGCGAAGUGGUUGAGGAUGAAGAGGGAGGCUGCGUAUACGAAUGGUGCAGAAUACUAGGAUUGUUCUUUCGCUAUAUUUGUAAAUGUUGUGCAUUGUAGACUGAUUGCAUACAUCUUUUUGCUCUGCGGGGGAGGCUUUGGAUCUGAUUAUAUAAUCUAUUAGGCGCUUAUAAGUUACUUAGGAAGGUGAAACUAAAAUGAAAUGGAUAAAUAUGAUUGGCAUGA